CAUGACGUCAGGUGGCUGGUUCUUUCAAGGAUUGCACGCUUGUAGUAGUGCAGUCGUUUCAAAGUGGAAUCGGAUUUUCUUACUGUUCACAGUGGUCUUUCACUAUCCUGGACCUACACGGGCGUGCAGAGUAAAACCACAACAUGAUUGUAACGUUUAAAACUCUUCAGCAACAGUCUUUCAAGAUAGAAAUUGAGGAAUCUGCCACGGUAGCAGAUCUGAAAAAUAAAUUAGAAACAGAGAAAGGAAAAGAUGCUUAUCCUAAGUCAAACGUCAGACUUAUAUAUGCUGGCAAAAUAUUAAAUGAUGACCAGCCAUUGUCAGAGUAUAAAAUAGAUGAAAAGGGAUUUGUUGUCGUCAUGGUGACAAAGCCCAAACCUCAAACAGUGGCUGCACCUAGUCAACCUGUAACAACACCUCAGCCAACAGCUGCUACAGCCACAGAAAGCACUGCCAGAUCUGCUGAUGCCUCUAAACCCGAAAGUACCGAUGCUGCAAAGCCAGCUGUCACAGAAGAAACUGAAUCAGCGACAACUUCAACAGUUUCUACCUCUGCCCCAUCGUCAACUGCAGAACAAGUUCUGUCUACUGCAGAGUCGACUCUUGUUACUGGAUCAGAAUAUGAAAGCAUGGUAGAUCAGAUUUGCUUAAUGGGAUUUGAGAGAGAGCAGGUUGGACGGGCCCUACGAGCAAGUUUCAACAAUCCCGACCGAGCUGUGGAAUACUUGAUGACUGGUAUACCUGAUCAACCUGAUCAACCUGCAGAACCCCAGGAACACGGAGAACAACCACAAGGUGAGGGUGGAGAUGAAGCCCCAGCAUCAGGAGAAAGUGGUCUGGAAUUCUUGCGUCGACUACCCCAGUUCAUCAGUAUGCGGCGAAUGGUUCAGCAAAACCCACAAUCCUUACCUGUGUUACUGCAGCAACUAGGCCAGGAAAAUCCAGAGCUACUUGGGAUUAUAAGUCAACAUCAAGAAGAGUUUAUAAGUAUGUUAAAUAGCCCGGACUCAGCUGCUGGCGGUGCUGUGCCAAGUGAAGGGUCACAGGAAGUCCAGCCUGGCUCAGGAGGUGAACAAGCAAGACCACCAGCUGGGCAGGGACCUGGUGCCCAGCAAGGUGUUAGCUACAUCAAUGUCACAGAACAGGAAAAAGAAGCUAUUGACAGGCUGAAAGAACUUGGAUUUUCAGAGACUCAAGCUGCUCAGGCUUAUUUUGCUUGUGACAAGAACGAGAAUUUGGCUGCUAACUUUCUAUUUAGCAUGGAUGACGAACAAUGAUGGUUUCCAUUCUUUUCUGGCAAUUUCUUUCCGUCACUGCUAAAUUGGUUGUCCCAGAAGGACCUUCUAGACCUUAUUAUGCUACUUUCUGAUGCUAACCUUCAUAAUUAUAAUUAUGGCUGCUUUAAUUAUGCUAAUUAUUAAUUGUGGUAAUUAAUUAUAUUGGUCAUAGUUAUGGUAAUAACAUUCCAUGUAAUUAUUGUAAUGAAAUUAUAAUAUAAUUAUCAUCACUAAUGACUAUGGUUUAGUUUUAAUGAGGUCCUUUUCCAGUUAAUGUCAUCGUUUUAUCAGUGUUGUUAUAGAGCCAGUCAAAGGAACUAUCAGAGCUUCAGGGCUUAAAAGCUUCAAAGCAAUUUAAUAAAUUGUGGUCUUAAAGAAAAUUCUACGUAUGGAAACAUGAAAAAUGUGAACUAGUGACCUGUUGAUGGAGAAUGCUUCCAUGAUCAACAAAAGUGACAUUUAUUAUAUUAUCUUCUGGUCUUAUUUGCAUGCAAGGAUGUGUUGUAUUCAAGAAUGGUUAACCUUCAUUGCUUUUGUCUUUGUCCUCUUGAAGCGUUUAAUGUGCGUUUUGACUAAAAUAGUGGGUAGUGAUGUAAGGUAUGGGGGUAUGGGCACUAGUGCCCAUACCCCUAUUUCCUAUAUCACUGCAGCUGCAAUGGAAGUUAAGUUGCUAAUUGUUGGUACGUCGAAAAAUGAGUGAUGAGUUUUUACUAUGCAGCAGUUUUGCCAAGUAUUAUGGUAGUGAAAGAAAAAAAGUGUCGUGUCCCAUUUCAGGAUUUUCCAGUACAGUAGGUAAACUGUUUGCAGUUGAGUAGUUGACAUUAUAUCUACUUCCAGCUGUGGCUUGCUAAGAACUAAUAGCAGCCCCCUAAUUGCUUGGAUUAUUAAAUCAGUUUUUAAGAUUC